UGAGGACGGUGUAGACGCCCCGCUACAGGCGCGGGGAAGAGGUUAGGCUGGCCGGGCACAAAAGGACGAGACUUCAAUUCCCGGAGGGAAGACCAACCGGGUGGACCCCUAACCUCCCGGAAGUGACGAUCCAGGGGUGAGCGGCGCCGCAGCCAGGCCUUCCCGAGCUGGGCCUGUCCGAGAGGGCCGCGCGCAGCAUGGCGGAAGCGGAAGGGAGUUCUCCGCUCCUGUCGCCGCCGCCGCCGCCCCCUCCUCGGAUGGCGGAAGUAGAAGCGCCGACGGCGGCCGAGACGGACAUGAAGCAGUACCACGGCUCCGGUGGCGUCGCCAUGGACGUGGAGCGGAGCCGCUUCCCCUACUGCGUGGUAUGGACUCCCAUCCCGGUGCUCACGUGGUUUUUCCCCAUCAUCGGCCACAUGGGCAUCUGCACAUCCACGGGGGUCAUUCGGGACUUCGCUGGCCCCUAUUUUGUUUCGGAAGACAACAUGGCCUUUGGAAAGCCUGCCAAGUUCUGGAAAUUGGACCCCGCCCAGGUGUACGCCAGUGGCCCCAAUGCGUGGGACGUGGCUGUGCACGACGCCUCUGAGGAGUACAAGCACCGGAUGCACAAUCUCUGCUGUGACAACUGCCACUCACACGUGGCCCUGGCCCUGAACCUGAUGCGUUACAACAACAGUACCAACUGGAACAUGGUGACGCUCUGCUUCUUCUGCCUCAUCUAUGGGAAGUACGUCAGUGUUGGCGCCUUCGUGAAGACCUGGCUGCCCUUUGUCCUUCUCCUGGGCAUCAUCCUGACCGUCAGCCUCAUCUUCAACCUGCGGUGAUGGCCCCCGGGAGGCCCCGCCACCACCACCCCGGUCCCAGUUCUGCAGUGAUGGCCCCCGGGAGGCCCCGCCACCACCACCCCGGUCCCAGUUCUGCAGUGAUGGCCCCCGGGAGGCCCCACCACCACCACCCCGGUCCCAGUUCUGCGGUGAUGGCCCCCGGGAGGCCCCGCCACCACCACCCCGGUCCCAGUUCUGCGGUGAUGGCCCCCAGGAGGCCCCGCCACCACCCCGGUCCCAGUUCUCUUAUUACCACCCUCAGACAGUUAGCUUCCUGGGUUGAAGUAGGGUCAGGGCUUGGGAUGGAAGUGCUGAGGUAGAGUGUGAGAUGAGGCCACUUAGAGCCUCCUUGUCCUCUCUCCCUGGGCUUGUGACCUCACCCUUGUGGUAUCCCCAUUGCUGUCCUGGGAAGGCCUUCCCUUAGAGCGCCUCCCGCCACAGUCCCUGGGCUGUUUCUGCCGUGCCCAGGACACGGCGAGGACUCGGUGGGCAGAGCUGGAUUUGAAGCUGCCUCUGGCUGGUUGUCAGGUCCAGAAGUGGGGUGUGGUGUUCUGAGAAGCGCUAUGAGCCAAGAGACUUGGAACCUUCUUCCUUCUCUGCUGGCCUAGAACGGACUCGAAGGGCUGGCUAGGCUCUUCCCAUGUCUCUAGAGCUGUGCCAUAGUGUGCACCCUAUCACCCUCAUCUGGGCCCUGGCUAGCAAGGUGGACGGCCUUACAUGCAGAGUGGGUCCCCUGUAAAUCAGGUAAGGUGAAUCCCACUUGUUUCUAGCCCAGGGAUAGAACCCCUUAUGUCCAAAGUGUGAGUAACUCCAGAGCAGCUGGAGCACCGUGGAUCGGCUGGCUCUACUUCCGGUUCCUGGCUCUACUUCCGGUUUCUGCUGUGGGUCCUGUGCAGCCUGCCUCACCCCGCUCCUUUAUAAGGGGCUCCCUGGCAGGAAAUAAAGUUUCAAGUCCA